CAAAGAUAACGUUGUGUGAUCCCUGGAGAGUGAUUUCAGUGAAAGUGGCACUAUCCAAGAGUCACUUCUGGGUCACAACGUCGUUGAGUUGCGUGCCCCAAACAGGAAUCGAGUUUCCGAAGUCAUCGAUUUGCAGCACGUUUUCCUGUAGUUACGCAUAAGAGGAAAGAAAAUGAGCACAUUUUCAAGUUUUGACUCGAGGGGGACGGAAACAUUGGGCUCUGGUGCAUGUCCGGUCGUCGUGCGUCCCCACAAGGAUGCCACUUACUUUGAAAUCCAGAAUGACAACUUGGCACGUCUUCUCACCAACAGCGAUGUCGCAGACCUCCCUGUGGUGGUAUUGUCAGUCGCAGGAGGGUUCCGACUCGGAAAGUCCUUCCUUCUUGGCUUCUGUAUCAGGUACCUCGAGCACCUAGGGAUCUCGUCAAACCCGUCAGGUUGGAUGGACGAGGAGAAUAUACCCUUGACGGGCUUUUUUUGGAGGUACGGCAGCGAGAGAGAGACCACUGGUAUUCAGCUGUGGGGAAAAGUAUUCAAGGUGCAGACGCAAGCACACGGACUCGUGGCUGUCAUUCUGAUGGACACGGAAGGUUCAUUCGACAACAGGUCCACGAUGGAAGGAAAUGUCACAAUUUUCUCAAUGAGCAUGCUACUAAGCUCUGUACAAGUGUACAAUCUCACCAAACAAAUAACUCAAGCCGAUUUGGAGCACCUUAAGCUAUUUGCCGAGUAUGCUAACAUGGCUAGAAGAGCUGGCGGCCAGAGCAAGGAAGUGUUCCAGAAGCUGCUGUUCCUCAUUCGCGACUGGCAAUAUUACGGAGAGAAGUCGUUUGGACUGGAAGGAGGAGAAGAGCUGCUUCACCCUCUCCUUCAAAGGGACCUCACAUUGCCAAGUGAAGUUUCCGAACUACGUGAAAAUAUCCGAAACAGCUUCAGCGAAGUGAAAUGUUUCCUCUUGCCCAGACCUGGUGACGCGGUAGAGAACGCGGGUUUCGACGGAAGACUUCGUGAUAUAUCUGAAGAUUUCAAGUAUCACUUGGAGAACCUCAUGUCUUACCUUCUCUCACCCGAAAGGCUAGUUCCCAAAAAGAUCAAUGGAAGGAUUGUCACGUGCAAGGAGCUCGUGUGCAUGUUUCAGACUUAUUUCACCAUCUUCAACCAGAAGGAGCUCCCUCAACCCAUGUCUGUCUUCAAUGCAACUGCAUUCGUCCACAACAAGCGAAUCAUCGACGAAAUCGUAAAAAAAUAUGAAACCGCAAUGGAAGGGAUCGCCCUUACGAAAACUUGUUCCGAAUCCGACACUGAUAUUGAGAUGCAACAUGAGAGACUGAUGAAACAGUGCUUGUCACAGUACGAUAACGAACAGAAGAUGGGAAAGCACGACACCGAACUUCGGGAACAGCUCGUAAAGGAUCUCCAUCACUGCUACGACAUGUGCCAACGUUCUCGUAAAAUAUUGAGAGAGUACAACCGGGAUAUGAAGGACCAGAUUGGGAAAGAACGAGAAGAGGCUCAGCGCGUUUAUGAAGAAAAAAUCAAACAGAUUAUUGAAGAGGAGAGGAGUAAAUACAUGGAAAAGAUUGAAGCUAUGGCCAAAACCCACAGCCUGGAUGUAGAACAGAUGAAAAAUGCUAUGCCACCUGCACCACAGGUUGGGUUCUGGGACGUCGCAUUGGGUGUAGUUAACGCUAUCCCCAUCUUUGGCCCACUUGUAUCCGGCUUAGUACGGCUAUUCAGGGGAUGAGAACCUGGCUGAGAAAACCUGAGGCACCCCUUGACAAGUGGGGGUUACGACACCAUACUGUUAUGUGAACCAUCAAAUUAGUGAAUCGCAGGGCAGCACUUAGAUAUGCGUCAAAGCCUGGACACGUUUUCGGCAGUUUGAAUGGCAAGAAUGAUCCUGUGAUGCUGCUGCAAGCUUGUCCAAACAGGCUCAAUACUGAAAUGUGUACAUCAAACUCGGGCUUGGCCAGCAUAGUCGCUUUUACAGGAACUUAAUUACCUUCUACCUAGUGCCCCUAGUAUUUUUUUUCCAUUCAUUGACAGUAGUAACAGCAAAUAUUGCCGUAAAUUUUGCAAUUGGCACACAUACGUGAAAUGAGUUGUCUUCAUCCAAACAACUCUCGAACCAUUUCUCUUUGUUUAAAAACUAAUCAAACAGCACUUAUUUUCUUCAGAUGAAUCUGUUUAAGUUACUAGAUAUCUGAAAAGGUACUAGACUUUGUCACUACUUUUAUGGUUGUAUCUUCAAUUCUCAUUGAAUAAGUUGCGCUUGUGAAAUGGUCUCGAUAUUAUUUUAUACUUUUGGAAGGACCUUGUAAUCGGGAGCUCUUCCGUCUGGCUCCUCCUCCUCUGAGUGUAUCUGACGGAUAUGAAUAUAAAAUUGAAAUAAAAAUGGUUCAUAAAAUUGA